AUGUCGUCAUCAUCGCUAAAGCCCUCGACCAUCGCCGCCAUCAGCGUGGGCACCAUCGUGGCUGGCAUCGCCGCAUAUGCUGUAUACUUCGAUCACAAGCGACGGACAGACCCGGAAUUCCGCAAGCAGCUGAAGAAGGAGUCGAAGCGCCAGGCAAAGGCCGCAAAGGAGGAGGCUGAGGCGCACGGAAAGGAGCAGAAGAAGGCCAUCCGGGAAGCUGUCGAUCGCGCGAACGAGGAGGGCUUCCCCAAGGACCCCGAAGAGGUCGAGGCAUACUUCAUGCAGGAAGUCGCCCAGGGUGAGGGCAUGGUACAGUCGGGCGCAGACUCAGUCGAGGCAGCACUGUGCUUCUACCGCGCGCUGAAGGUCUACCCCAACCCCAGAGAGCUCAUCAACAUCUACGACAAGACAGUGCCUAAGCCUGUGCUCGACAUCCUCGCUGAGAUGAUCGCCGCCGACACUAGCAUUCCCGUGGGCUUGGGCAGCAGCAAAGCGCCGUCCGAGGCCGGUUCAGCUGGCGGCAUCGAAUAA